AUGGCGCAAAACGUCGAAGCAUGGACGCUCUUAGCUUUGGCUCUCGUGGUGAUUAUCAUUCGAAUCUACGUUCGAUGGAGCCUGGUUGGGCCCAAGGGCUUUCAACUGGAUGACUAUCUUAUGCCACUAGCCGGGAUUGUGUUCGUUCUCGAAACGGUCGCAGCAUACCUAGUCGGCGCCAAUUAUGAAGGCCUAACGAACAGCUAUAUUUCGCCUUCAGAGCGACAGGCCAUUGUCCCCAAUUCCAAAGAAUGGAAUAAUCGCGUCGCCGGUUCCAAGAUUCAAGUUCUGGGAUGGUCACUGUAUGUGGCCAUUCUAUGGCUCGUCAAGUUUGCGCUGGCGGUCUUCUACUCGCGAUUGACGACCGGUCUACAAAAUCUGCCCCAGAGAGUUCGCAUCGCAUACGUUAUCCUCGGCAUUACAUGGCUCGCAACGCAACUGUCUCUUCUUCUGUCCUGUCAACCUUUCCAUGCGUUUUGGCAAAUCAAUCCUGAUCCUGGCGAUGUCUGUCAGCCAGCCAAAUCUCCAGUCUAUGUGCUAGUCGUCGUGCUACUCAACAUCGUCACUGAUCUCUACCUACUUUCCAUCCCACUUCCCCUGCUCUGGCAGGUUAAGAUCAGCUUGAAGCAGAAGAUCCCUCUCAUGGGACUCUUUUCUGGUGCGGCCUUUGUCAUUACCGCUUCUAUUAUUCGAGCAGUCAUGAUCAGCGUUGCUGGACCAGAAGGUGCUGUCGCCGGAUCCAAAUGGGCCUGUCGCGAGACAUUCGUCUCGAUCGUGGUUUCUAAUCUACCCAUCAUUCAACCCCUGAUUCGAAGAGGCUUCAAGAAGAUCGGUCUCUCCCAGCUCUUCUCCUCCUCUGGCAAGGAAUCCAAUGGACGAUCCUACCCUCUCUCCGGUCGCGGUCGGCAAACUCUGGCGAGCCAUGCGGAUCGCAUCACCAAGAAGGGCAAGCAUGCCCAGGGACUCACACAGACUCAAGUGUCAGCAUGGGGCAGUGACGAACACAUUCUCACCAGUCCCGAACCUACGUCAAAGGAGAUCACGGUCGUUUCUGAGACUAUCGUUCAAACCGAGCAAUGGAACAGAGAUCGAGCACCGCAACCGACUCGAGUUUCAUCACCAAAUCAAUGGGACGCUCGAGGGACCACGCACGCAAUGUAA